CCUCCAGAGGUCAUGUGUCUCAAAACACAUGUGUAGCUCAUGUUUAGCUCCAAUGCUACAAUGAACAGCUGCAGGAGAAUAGCUCGUAUAAAAGACCGGAGCUCCGGUUUAAACACACUCUUCUCUCGGGUCAGACUACCGACAAACUGCCGCCAAGGUCCGGAGGCAGCACCGCCCCUUACCCGGAGUCAGAGUUCCGCCGCAAAACAUGCUCCGGGCUCGGACACCGGUGACAGACCUCGGCUAAGAGCGAUCGACCUGGCUCGGAAGGUCCGGCAGGAGAGGACGAGGACCCCGGUGGAGGAGGCUCCGGUGUCCGCCCAGCAGAGGAGGGUGACGGAGCUGAAGCGGUUCAGUCUGCAGCUGCAAAACGUCCACCCCAACGUGCUGGCCAAACACCUCCACAGAGGCGUGCUGUACCGGGAUAAAGAUGUGGCUGUCAUCAACAAACCCUACGGAGUCCCUGUCCGAGAUACCAGCGGAGUCACCUCCAUCUCCUCUGUGCUUCCCGUUCUUGCUAAAAUGAUGGAUGGGGUGAAGAUAAAAUCUGAAUCUCAGCUGCUCCCCUGCCUGGGUCUGGAGAAGGACUCAACAGGAACUCUCCUGCUGGCCAGGAGUGAAGAAGUGGUGGAGCACAUCCUCUCCCUCAAUAGAAACAACCAAGUUCAGAGGAAAUAUUGGGUUGUUACAGUUGGUGUUCCUGUUCCAUCUGAAGGAAUGAUUGAUAUUCCCAUCAUAGAGAGAGAAAUCACAGGUCCUCAGCCGCACUACAAGAUGGCUCUAAGUCCUCUUUUCAAAAUGAAUGAUGGAGGCGAUGGCGUCACCAAAGUCCGAACCAAUCGGCAGGCCCUUCCUGCAGUGACCAGCUACAGAGUCCUGGACAGCAGCAAUGGCUGCAGCCUUGUGGAGCUUCAGUCUUUUACUGGAGUGAAGCACCAGAUGAGGGUUCAUAUGGCAUUUGCUCUGUCUUGCCCCGUUCUUGGUGACCAUAAAUAUUCCCACUGGAGCAAACUGGCACCGCAGAAACUACCAGAACGUGUGUUGGGAAAGCUUGGACUGGAACAGAGCAAGAUUCGGUAUCUUCCUCUACACUUGCAUGCACGACAGCUGACAUUAUUGGGAACCAACCAAGCCGAAAUCAACGUUUCCUGCCCGCUGCCUAAAUACUUCACGCAAACAUUGAGUCGACUGCAUUUAACAUUUCCAGAUAAAAAAGAUAACCAUCUCUCUGAUUCCCACAAGUAGUGGGUAUCAGUUGUGAAACAUCUGGGACUGCUACAUGGAGAAUGAAUUCUAACCAUUUAAAUUAAAUGGGAAAUUAAAUUACAAGCUGGGUUAUUGCAGUGCUGAUAUGCAGGAUAAUGAAACCCAGAAGGUUCUUUGUGGAAAAAUGAGAUGUGGAAUGUAGUGUGCUUGUACGGUGCUAUACCAAGUGUUUUAUUUAUAAUAAAAUGAAGCUGUGCAGCUGUAUUGAAACUA